CAGCGGUGGUUGUCGCUUUUGUUCUCGCGAUAUUUUCGGGUGAACGGGAGCCCGGCGGCCCGGGCUUCUGCGAAACAUGGCGGUCGGCUGGUACCAUAACACAAGCAUGACUAUAUGAAAGAAGAAGAAGGUUUUCCUGAAGAUGAGGCGACUGAAUCGGAAAAAAACCUUGAGUUUGGUGAAAGAGUUGGAUGCCUUUCCAAAGGUUCCUGACAGCUAUGUAGAGACUUCAGCCAGUGGGGGUACAGUUUCUCUAAUAGCAUUUACCACUAUGGCUUUAUUAACCAUAAUGGAAUUUUCAGUAUAUCAAGAUACAUGGAUGAAGUAUGAAUAUGAAGUAGAUAAGGAUUUUUCUAGCAAAUUGAGAAUCAAUAUAGAUAUUACUGUUGCUAUGAAGUGUCAAUAUGUUGGAGCAGAUGUAUUGGAUUUAGCAGAAACAAUGGUUGCAUCUGCCGACGGUCUAGUUUAUGAACCAGUAAUAUUUGAUCUUUCACCACAGCAAAAAGAGUGGCAGAGGAUGCUGCAGCUGAUUCAGAGCAGACUCCAAGAAGAACAUUCACUUCAAGAUGUCAUAUUUAAAAGUGCUUUUAAAAGUGUUUCAACAGCACUUCCACCAAGGGAAGAUGAUUCAUCACAGCCUCCAGAUGCUUGCAGAAUUCAUGGUCAUCUCUAUGUCAAUAAAGUAGCGGGGAAUUUUCACAUAACUGUGGGCAAGGCAAUUCCACAUCCCCGAGGUCAUGCACACUUGGCAGCACUUGUCAACCAUGACUCUUACAACUUUUCUCACAGAAUAGAUCAUUUGUCUUUUGGAGAGCUUGUUCCAGGAAUUAUUAAUCCUUUGGAUGGAACUGAAAAAGUUGCUGUAGACCACAACCAGAUGUUCCAAUAUUUUAUUACAGUUGUGCCAACAAAACUACAUACAUAUAAAAUUUCAGCAGACACCCAUCAGUUUUCUGUUACAGAAAGGGAACGUGUCAUUAACCAUGCUGCAGGCAGCCAUGGAGUCUCUGGGAUAUUUAUGAAAUAUGAUCUCAGUUCUCUUAUGGUAACCGUCACUGAGGAGCAUAUGCCUUUCUGGCAGUUUUUUGUAAGACUCUGUGGUAUUGUUGGAGGAAUCUUUUCAACAACAGGCAUGUUACAUGGAAUUGGGAAAUUUAUAGUUGAAAUAAUUUACUGUCGUUUCCGACUUGGAUCCUACAAACCUGUCAGUUCUGUACCCUUUGAGGAUGGCCACACAGACAACCACUUACCUCUUUUAGAAAAUAAUACACAUUAGCACCUCCUGAGUGAAGGAGAAAAACUUUUUGCUUGAGACAUAAAACCUUUUUUAAUAAUAAAAUAUUGUGCAAUAUAUUCAAAGAAAAGAAAAUACGAAUGAGAAGUGGGAACCACACCUAGGGGGAAAAAAAAGAAAGAAAAACCCAAACUGAAAUCCUAUAUAUGUUGUGUCUGUUACAAAUGUCCUAGAAGAAAUUACGCAGCUAAUCAGUGAAUAAGCCCAACUGGAAUAUUGCUUGGAAGAUGACCCCUUCUGAUAAUUUCAUAGCAAAUGGGCAGUAUCGAAAUCAGACCUUGCUUCUUGGUGGCAAAGAGCCUGAAGGAAAGAAGUCAAACCACAUCUAAAGAAAAAGGCAUUGAUAAGUGCAAAUGUUUGCGUCCUUUUGUUUUUAAAAGAUAUGUCAGAAUAAAAUAUGUAAAACAUAUGGAAAA